AUGACAACACACGAAAGUAGAAGCAAACCAAGGAAGCGAGUUGUGGUUGGUUACUACCACAGCAAGAAGGUAAUGGUGGCAGGCCUGAAAAUAUUCUCUUUCAGACAGGUUGCAAAAGCUUGGGGAUGCUCACCAAGCACUGUGUUUUAUUGGAAAAACAGAAUUGAAGAAAACGUGCAAGCUAAUGUUGGUGGUGUUCGUCAAUUCAAGUAUGAUUUAAAGGACGUGGUAAAGGCAGUACUUAUUGUGAACAAAGUGUCAAUGGUAAAACCAUUGUCUACACUGGAUGAAUAUGUAAAUGAAUUACAAAAACAUGGUUACGAUUACAGCACCACAUGGGUGAGUCGAGUGUUGAAGCAACUAGGUAAUUCUUUCAAGAAUGCUUGUUAUAAGAGCAGAUUGAAAUAUACACCAGAAAACAUCACAAAGUACAUCCAUUACGUUUGUGGUAUGGCAGAGCUUCUUGAAAAAGUGCCGGUGUAUCGUCUGAAAUUCCUUGAUGAAAGUAGUUUCGUGAGCAGAAAUUUGUAUCGGAAAAGAGGAGUUGCUCCUAUUGGUUGUAGAUUGAUAGUUGUGAACAACACAAAGCCAUUAGAUUAUUCGUGUAGUCGUUGCUUGUUUUGUUGUAGUUUUCUUGCCAUGUCUCGUUUUGUGAUGGUCUCUUCUCUCUUGUUUUAUGAAGGAGGUGGACUCUAUGGUUCAGCAAUGACCAAAAAAACAACAAUUAAAUCAUCAUCACCCGUUACUUCUAAGAAAGUUUAUGAACGCAAAAACACUCCGAUCAUUACACUCAACAGAGAGAAUGAAGAAGACGAAUUGAAAAAUUUGGGAGAUUUAUCGGAUAGGGAAAAGUUGCACAAACAUUUGGGAUUAUCAUCGGUACCAACAAAUAUCGCUCCGCAUCAACGUGAAGCUCUGGAAAUGGCAAUGGGUGAGCUUAUAGCACAAGACAAGACAGAAUCUGCACAAACAGGCAAAAAGCAGAGGAAGAGAGCUGCUCCUACAAGUAAAGCGAGAGACGAAGAAAUUAUCAAACAAAAACUUGAAUCUACAAGGAGACCAGAAGAGAAAACACUAGAUACUCACAAAUUUGAUCCAGACAAGCCAGAGACACUUGUUCCAUUCAAGUCUCCAAGAUUAAUCAAAUUGUGGAAAGAAGGAAAAAUUGUGCCAGAGAAUAUUCGAAACAGAUUACGAUUUGAAGAAACUCCAGACGGAUUAUUCGAUAUUUAUUUUACUGAUGAUCGUAGUUUUACCAAGUUGACCACAGCGCUUUUAACUCCAACCAGUACCUUUUUACAGCUUGAAAAAUUGAAAAUGUUAUCCGAAGAGACAGAUCCAGAAUUAUUUUUCAAAUCCAAACCUCUCACUCUCAAAAACUUUAAUUAUCUUAUUCGAUGUCAAGCCAUUCAGGGUAAAUUAGAAUUUGCUGAAAAACCUUUGAAAAGUUGA